AUGAAUGAUCGGGAAAACCUCUUUCGAAACCAUGGCGCUGACACCAUCGCGUCUCUGCUACCCACUCGCUCUUUCCCAACUUUUGCUGUCACAGCCAUACCGUCUAUACCACAGCCUUCACCUCAUGAACCAUUUGACUUCGCCACGGCCCAGAUACCCAGCCUUGAUCAUGCACAAGUAUUUUGCGAGCAACCACAACAAUCGAUCAAUGAGUUAAGGUUCGAGAUCUUGCAACAACGAGUACCACAGAAUCAAGGGCAGUAUUCACCUCCAUUGAGCGCCAGGGUGUCAGUAUCACAGUACCAUUGCCAGUCGCAAUCGUUGCACAGGCCCCAUUCGCCCGACGACCUACCAUCGCCGUCCAGGCUCCAUAGCCAACCUAGAAACGUCCACCAGGACGAGGCAUGUGUCCAGCCUUCACUACCUGAGCUUCUGAUGUUAGAAACGGCAACAUCGAAUGUGCUCCUAGCACUGACCAAGGAAUGUUCUGUGGCAUCCGAUCAUCAAGAGCCCCAGGUAAACCAACGCGUUUGCCAACGGCAGUGCCAACGCCGCCGUCAUCUUCGCCGUCGCUCGCGAUCUCCUCCAGACACGCCUCCAGUCACAUCGCCAUUGAUAGACGCUGUUGUAUCGAUGCAGCCAGAUAAGAGGCUUAAUCGCCGACGACGCCUCUCAAUCGAUGAGACAGAGUACUUGAUGCAUCAGUUCUACAAGAACGAGAAACCCAGUACGAAGGAGCGGCUAGCAUUUGCACAGUAUCUGAGCCUGGAUCCGAGGACGGUUCAAGUCUGGUUCCAGAACCGGCGUGCCAAACUGAAGAGAGAUGAAUUGCUCGCCCGAGUGAUUUAUGGAGAGCAGGAGGAGGUGGAAGAGGAGGAGUAUAGGGGGAACGAAGAGGCUGGGGAUGAGCAGCUGGCGCGAUCCAGCGACAGCGACGACAAUGACGACAGUUGUGAUACGCACGAAGACCAACGCGUUAUAUGUAGUCCCGCAAAUUCACCUACUGCUUCGAACACGUCCCUUGCGGCAAUGGUGCAGCAAAGGAAUAGCAAUAUGGCCCACCGAGGGAGUGGAGCCGAGACGUUUGUGGGCUUUGAACGUUCUGAUGCUGGGUUGGACGUUCUAUUGAAUAGCGAUUUUGGGUUGCCCGUGGCAGACAGGGCAGUGGAGGAUGACAUGUCUGUUGCCUUGGUUCUCGGCGGAGAUUAUUGUGACAUGGCAACGCUGGGCUUUGAGCUGACCUACGAGCAGGUGCUUAGCACGAUAGGCGGAUCCAGGGUGCCAUUGGAUAUUCCGCUGAUGGCGCGAGGACAUGCUGAUGAUAAUAGUGAUUUGUCUUCUGCGCCGUCGUCGAAUGAUUCCAGCGAAGCAAGUAAUCCAAAGGACACAAACAAAUUGAGGGUGAAGCAUAAGGCGCCGAGACAACAGCCAGCCAGAAAGGCGUCCAGCUACGUUUCGGGUUCCCAAUCUCAGUCGCAUCAACACCCAAAGUGCUCCGGCCAUGCAGUCGGAGGCUCUUCGUCGUCUUCAUCAAAGACGCCAGCCAUGCGCAUGGCUCCGUACUUCCUUCAGCACCAGAACCCUAUUCCACGCCAGCAACUGGCUCUCACGCUGAUAUCCGCGCAACUAACCUCUCCUCGCACUUAG